AUGUGCAAUACGCUUCGCAAUCAACUCAAGGCGAAAAACAAAACUGGAAAUGAUUCAAACAAAGGAAAACAAACCAAAAAGAAGAGAGGUGCAAAAAACAAUGAAAAAGUGGACAAGGAAAAACAGAAAAAUGGAAAUCGCAAGAAAGCCUCGAAUGAAAAAGACGAAAAUUCAAGUGCUACUGAAGACGAAAAUCAAGAAGAAAUUGAAAAUACAAGAAAGAAACGAAAACAAGAUUUGACUGUGAUUGAUGAGAAUCGGAACGAAGAAAUUAAGAAAAAGAAGAAGAAACAUGAGCAUGAACAAGAAAAAGGUGACGAAAAUCUGAAAUUGUCAGAAGAAACAAGAAAUGAAAACGACGAUGUGAACUUUAGUAAAGACAGUGAUGAGAUCUUAAAACUAAAAGAGGGAAUUAACAAAGAUCAAAGUAAAGAAGGUAAGAAAAAAAGGAAAAAAAAGAGGAAACAAGGUAACGAAGAGAAAGAAGACGAAGAUAGUGCAAAAUGGACAGAAGAAAGUAUUAGCGGAAAUGAAAAAGAGAAUUUGAAUCCAAGUGAGGAAACUGACGAAAUUUUGGAAGUAAAAGAUGGAAUGGGUGAAGAUCGAGAUGAGGAAAGUAAGAAGAAAAACAAGAAAAAGAAGAAACAAGUCAAUGAAGAGGAAGAAUGA